AUGGCGGCCCCCAUUGCGGAAUCGCCUGCAUCGCGGGCGUCCGACGACAACAAGAUCUCGGGGACCCACGAAGUCGCGCAUCACGAUAACGUGAAGCACGAUGCUGUCCCCUCGGCAGAUCGUCUCGCCGACGCCCUCGCCUCCGACCAGCUCGACCCCUGGAGCAAGCCUUUACUGAAGCUCUACGUUUACGCCGUCAUCGCCUUUCUUUGCUCUACUAUGAAUGGUUACGACGGGUCCAUCUUUGGCUCUCUACCCGCCAUGGAGGGUUUCCGAGAGCGCUUUGAAGUUGAAAAGACCGGGUCCAAGCUUGGCUACAUCUCGGCCAUGUACACCGUCGGCACCAUUGCGUCUUUGCCCGUCACUGGCCCGGCAUGUGACUUUCGCGGGCGCCGCAUGGGCAUUUUUGUCGGGAGCAUAAUCGUCAUCGCCAGCACCAUCCUGUCCGGUUUAGCCAAGAACACGUCCCAGUUUGUGGCCGGUCGUUUCUUCCUGGGCUUUGGCGUCAGCAUCACCCGCGCCGCCAGCUCCAUCUGGAUUGCCGAGAUAUCGCCUCCCAACUAUCGUGGCGUCCUGACGGCCUUCUACAACUGCACGUAUUCCGUCGGAGCCCUGCUCGCGGCUGGUGUCACCCGCGGCUCAGUGCAGUAUGGUGGCGACGUUGCGUGGCAAAUCCCCGUCUGGUGCCAGAUGAUCUGCCCGGGCAUCGUCUGUUUGUCGGUCUUGACUUUCCCGGAGUCGCCUCGAUGGAUGUUUGCCAAUCGUCGCGAGGAGCAGGCCCUGGCGUUCCUCACCAAGUACCACGGUGCAGGACGGUCGGACCAUCCCUUGGUCCGCCUUCAGAUGGACGAGUACCGCCAGGUCAUCACCGUCAACGGCUCGGACAAGCAUUGGUGGGAUUACAGCGACCUUUAUAAGACACGCUCUGAUCGGUGGCGCAUGCUCAACGCCCUCCUCCCCUCCAUUUGGGGCCAGUGCUCCGGCAAUGCUGUGGUUAGCUACUAUCUGCCGGCCAUGCUGGCGACCGCGGGUUUGACCAAGUCGGACCAGGUCCUCAACAUCAACGUCGGCUAUACCGCCAUCUCGGCUGUCGCGGCGUACGUUGUUGCCUGUGCCAUCUGCUUCGCGGGUAUCACUGGUGGCGCGGGCGCAUAUGCCAACACCAAGUCCUCGAGCGCGGCAUCUUCGGGCAUUGCCUUCAUCUUCAUCUUCGGAUGGUGCUACAAUUUCGGCAUGACGCCACUCCAGGCGCUUUAUCCCGUCGAGUGCCUGUCAUACGAACAGAGAGGCAAAGGCAUUGCGUUUGUCUUUGCCUUCGUACAUGCCCUUGCCUUCAUCAACCAGUUCUGUUUCCCAAUUGCUCUGCAAAAGAUUGGCUGGUACACUUACAUCAUCUUUAUCGGAUGGGACUUUAUGCAGGCAACAGUCAGUUACUUCUUUUCCGUCGAAACGCGCCGACGGUCUCUGGAAGAGAUGUCGGAGAUUUUCGAGGACGAGAAUCCUGUCAAGGCCUCUCUUCGAAAGCAUGUUGCGCACGUUCACGUCGAUGUCGAGGAGCGCGAGGCGAAAUGA